AUUUAUUUUGAAAUUUACUAUUUUUGUCACUUUUUGUUUUCACAUGUGCUUCUGUUUUGUGUGAUAGAUGGUUAUUUAAUUAAAAAAUAUCAUUAUAAAUAAUAACCAAGUUCUUUUAAGAUGUUAUAAAUUCUUGAAGUUUUUUUUUAUUAUUUCUAGUAGAAGCGUAAAGAGAUGAGGGACCCAAAGAUAUUAUUGUUUAUUUUUGGACUAUUUGUACAAACAUGUUUAUCAGAAAAAGUAGAAACCCCUAAACAUGGCCAUAAUACUGAUGGAAAAGAUAAGAAGGUGUCAAAAAGAGAUUAUUAUGCACCAGAAUAUAACCACGAUAAACAUAAUUCGUAUCCGGCUUAUCGGUUCGAGUACGGCGUCCACGACCCGCAAACGGGCGACAUAAAGAAGCAGUACGAGGAGCGCGACGGCGACACGGUCCGGGGCUACUACAGUCUGAUGGAGCCGGACGGUUCGAUCCGGUUGGUCGAGUAUACGGCCGACUCGAAAAACGGUUUCCAGGCGACCGUCAAGAAGAUGGGCCAUUCGCACCACCCGAACUCGGUGACGUAUCACAUGAACGCCGCGGCCGGCCUGCACCACCAACAAGGCGACGGCGGCGGCAGCUACGCGCCCAACUACCACGGCGGCGACCACUACGAUCAUCAACAGCUGACGUUCGCGCCCGUCUACGGCAACGAUAACGGUCAUCAUUAUCAGCAGCAGCCGGCCGGCGACCACUACGGACCGCCGCCGCAGCCCACGUACGACGGCCACUACGAACCGCCGCACAACUUCGACAAUCACUAUUACCUGCAGCAGCAGAACCAGCACCAGCAGCAGCCACCGCCGCCGUCCGCUUACGACCACUACGAACCGCCGCUGGUGCCCGCGCACAACCAUUACCAGCAACCGCCGCCGUCCGGUCACAGCGACCACUACGAGCGUCCCGCGGUGCCGGCGGUGCAGGAGCCGCACUACCAACCGGUAGCGGCCGGUCCGGAGACCGUGGACUUCGAACCCGGUCCGCAACCGCUGUUCGCCGGCGGACUGCCCACCGCGCACGGCGACUACGGCAGCGCGUCGCCGGAACAAUACUACCCCUCGCAGCUGCAGUUCCCGGCCGCGUCGCGGGAGAACGUCUUCGACGAGUGGACGGCGCUCGGGGACGACGAUCACCUGCGCUCGCAUCGCGUCGACCUGGACGGUUUUCAGUUCCCGGCCGCUGUCCCGGCCCGAGGCGUGUCCGCCGAACGGCCCGAGUACCUGAGGAAGUAUUUUGAACCUGAUUACCGAGGAAACGCGGCCGCCCACGGUUCCUACGAGGACGACGGUGAUCAGUCCAAGUAGUGUCUGUAAGCGCGCGCGUGUCCGAUCUCGAGUCGACGAGUGGUUGAAUAAAAAAAAAAAAAAAUAAUAAUAAUUUAAAAAAAAAAUAACAUUUCAUACCGUACGCAUGCAUACACGUAUACACGCACCGUUUGUCAAACGCGGCGCGUCCGUUCCGUUCGAUCCGAGAAAAAAUCGGUCGAACGCCGUCGGACGCGACUAGAACUCAAAUAUUGGGGGUGCUGAAAUUGUUGAAAAUAAAAUAAUACGGUAUUUAACUGCAAUUACUAUUGAUUAUAUAGAUCUGAAAUAAAAACAGGAGUGCCACAUUUGAACUCAGAGGUGCUAAAAACCCUAUUGCGCCCCCCCCCUAGUUGCGCCUAUGUGGGUGACGGUACUCUGGCGUUCGUUUUCGAUUAACGUUUUUUCUAGUUCGAUCUCCUCCGAUCUGUUCACCGCGCUUCACGAAUACCGUAAAGUUCUUCGGAAAUUCGAUCGGUUGUCCCAAACCCGCGUAUAAACCUCGUUUUUUUUUAAUUUUUUUUUUUUUUUUUUAUAGAUGUUUCGCGUAUAUCCGUACAUACGUAGCCAUUCGGUUGUUUUCAUUAAAGUUAGAUUAGACUCGACCGCGGGUCGAUGCGUACAACUAGUUAAAAGUUAUCCGCACUAAAUCGUGUAGUACACGACCUCGAACGAUGCGAUUUUGCCGCAACGAUUAUUUAAGAUAAUUAGAAGUCGGUUUCCGUUAAGAGAUGCGAAAAAAUAACCGUUGUGGUUUCGCGGUUGUUACGAUACUGUGUAACGUGUGUAUACGUAAAGUUUUCAAUCGUCUCUAUACUUUUAUUACUCCAGUAAAACAGUGACAAAAUUAUCAGACUUGUUACAGAUCAAUACCUUUCGUUUUCUAUUAUUGGUUUCUGUACAAUAAAUAUUAUUACAUACGACGACGUUUUUUUUUUUUUGCAAUAAAUUCAUUCUUGUUUAAUACAAUUUUUUUCACAUAUACUCUUAUAAUAUUAUUAUUAACACUACGGUUUCGUACUAUAAUAUAUCAUAGUAUGUACAUUGGUAUGGUUCUGUUG